GAAUGCAAUGGAACCUAUUGGUUAUGUGCCGGUGUUGGUGGAUGAGGACAUUGUGCUUUCUGACACUUUUGCAAUCUUAAUGUAUUUGGAAGAGAAGUAUCCUCAACAUCCAUUGUUGCCUCGUGAUCUUCAAAGAAGAGGCAUUAACUACCAGGCUGCAAAUAUUGUUUCCUCAAGCAUACACGCGCUUCAGAAUAUAGGUGUACUGAAGUAUAUUGGGGAAAAGUUCAUCCUGAUGAGAAGCUUGUUUGGGUUCAGUAUCAUAUUGGCAAAGGCUUUGCAAGGAAGCUUUACCUAA